AUGACGGCUACACAAUUUGAAGAAUUGUUAUACUUAGUGGCACCUGCAAUUACUAAACAAACCCUAAUUAGAGAACCAUUACCUCCUGCAGAGCGAUUAUCCAUAACAUUAAGAUAUUUAUCAACUGGUGAUUCAAUGCAUUCAAUGUCAUAUCAUUACCUUGUUGGAGUAUCGACAAUAAGCAACGUUAUAGAUGAAACAUGUACAGCAAUAUGGAACUCUAUUUGUAAAAAAGUGAUCCCACUAUCAAAAACUACAGAGGAAUGGCUACACAUUGCUAAAGAAUUUGAAAAAAGAUGGGAUUUCAAUCACUGCAUAGGAGCUAUUGAUGGCAAACAUGUCAUUAUUGAAGACGCACCUAAUGCAGCUUAUGGCCGCCGUAGUGACGGUGGUAUUUUCAAAGAUUCAAAAAUAGGUUUAAAAUUUGAAUCAAAGAAAAUGAAUGUACCUGCACCAGAACCUCUCAGCUCAGGUGGACCGCCUUUACCAUAUUGUUACGCCCGGGGCG